UCGACCUGCUUCAGCAUGAAGACGCGCUGUCUUGUCGCGAUGAGCCUCCUCGCUGGCGCGGCCGACGCGCAGAACGAGUGGGCGAUGACGUCCGUACGCUCGAUCCAAGCCCGCGUCGUCUCGGUCGUGCCCGUCUGGGACGAAGCCAACCAGGCGUGGGUCUCCUCACGCUACAACAACAACAUCAAGACGUUUGCCGACCAGUACCGCGCGACGCUGGAUACGGUCAACACGGCGUCGGUCGAAGGCGCGCUCAUGUACGUGCAGUCGGAAGGGAUCGACCAGGGCAUCGUGCCCGGCUGCCUCCGGAAGACCAACAUGAGCUACGUGUGGUUCUUCGACAUGCACAUUGUGCAGCCGACGUUUGGAGUCGCGCAGUAUGCGACCGACACGUCCGUGUACCCCGAGUACUGCCCGUUCUUGGCGAUGGAUAACGGCAUGUGCACGCCGACGUCGGGCACGACGCUGCCCAAGGCGUGUCUGCAGCUCUUUGGCGGCAACGGCCAGCCCAACAUUGGUCCGUGCAUUGGCGGCGAGAACCGUGUCGACAACCCGAAAGCGCCGUACCCAGAUAAUGUCUGGUUCUCGUUCCCGGGCAGCUGCAUGACGCAGUCGUUCACGGCCAAGACGGACGCGUGCCGCACGGUCCAGAAAGGCGGCGAGUGCCCCUUCGGCGUCCUCCCCGACGGUGUCAAGUGCACGUACUCGCAUUCGAUCUUGGGCUACAUUAGUCUCGACGACCUCGUUGGCAUCACGAGCCUCACCAACCCGCAGACGAGCAAGCCAUACACGAGUCGCAACGAGUUCUGCCUCGCCGAUGGCGUCGAGUACAACUCGGUAACGGGCAAGCACCUUCCGUUCUGGAGCGAUCUUCUCAACACCAGCGCCAACACGGCCCGCAGCCAGGCCAUGAUUGACCUCUACGCCUCCGUGGUCGCGGACCCGGUGAAGGGCGCCAACAUGAAGCCGCUGCCGUCGGUUGCGUCGCUCCAGGCGGCCAACCCGCCGUGCUACCUCAACAACCCGCUCUGCUCGUCGGCGCAGUUUGGCUGCCGGCGCCGCCUCCUCGCCCAAGUCUGCACCGUCUGCACGUCGCCCGCCGCCGACUGCGUCGUGCGCCCCGCCGGCGUCGCGCCCUUUCCGACGCUGCAAAAGGCGACAAGCACCGCGGGGUCGGCGACCGGUAACGUGGGCGACAGCAACGCUGCGUCGACAGCGACUCUCGCAGCGUCCGUCGCCAUGCUCUCGCUUCUCGCGCUCGUGCGCUAAGCGGCGGUGAUUUUCUGGAUUUCUGCAUAAAUAAUACGACCACGAGAACUUUCUACGACGA